UCACUACUUCUGUACAGGACAGCGGACACUCCAAACCCACAAAUCAUUUUCCAUUCUAUUGCUGUGAAAAAUACUAUGAUCCUCACCUCUUUUCUUUUGUCUCACACUGUAAUUUGAAAAUGGGUUUCUGUCAGCUGACAGAUUCCAGACACGUGAUUCCCACCCCCUUGUGAUCACUAGUAGUUUUUUCUACAUAUAUGGACUGAUGCCGAACUGAAAGCACAAUACACGCAUUAACAGUUAAUAGGUAUUCAAAAAUGCGCGGCGGGGGUUCGAUCCUGCGACAGUUCAGUGCCCAUAAAAGCUCUGCAAAAGGCUCUCAGAAGGAAUGGGAGAACACAGACUCGAAUUCCAGGAAGAGGGUAAUUGUGGCAGUUGAUGGAUCUAAAGAAGCCAAGCAUGCUCUUUUGUGGGCCCUCACCCACGUUGUCAAUUCAUAUGAUAUAAUCACUCUGUUAAACGUUUUGGAUAUUCAAUACAAUCCGAACUUUACUUGCAGAGAUGGGUUUUCUGAUGUGAUUGAUCAUGCUCAACACAAGAGGCUGCUUGACGCAAGAGAAUGUGAGCUCGCGAAGUCCUUCAAGGGCCUUUGUAAAUCCUACAGACCACAGGUUGAUGUUGAAGUCCUGGUGACACAAGGAGACAGAGCAGCUACAAUUGUUCGCUUAGCAAAGAAGUUAGAAGCUUCUCUUUUGGUGUUGGGUCAGACAAGGCCUUCAUUAUUUGAGAGGAUAUUUGGACGGAAAAAGGGAAGCCUGGUGCAGUAUUGUAUAGACAAUGCAGAGUGCCUGACAAUAGCUGUGAGGAAAAAGAGCAAGAGAACUGGUGGGUACAUCAUUAACAGCCGCAGCCAGAGAAAUUUCUGGCUUUUGGCUUGAAAGCAAGCAGUCACUUUAUGAUCGGGGUAUAUAUAAAAUUGAUGGCUGAUUGUGCAAUGUAAAAACAUUUUUGGACUAAGCAAUGUAAAAAGUACUAGUGUUAUGAAUGCCUCAAAUAAAAUGUUCUAUGUUAGAUUGAAA